CUGCACGAUGCUGGAGUAGCUCACUCGCUACCUGUUCGAUGUCUGAACCGCCCCCCUGAGAAUAAAAUAUUUAUUAAUUCCUUCUCUCUUUCUUUUCUUCGCUAUCGCAUUUAUAUACACUUCACAGGCCUACCUAUAUAUACAGCACACGCAUAUCCCUCACUGCUUCAAUUCCCAAAACCUCCAACCUAAGAAAAAAAGAAUACAACAAACCUUCGGCGGAGAAAGGAAAAAAAGAAAAAAGAAUCGACCAUGUCUUCCCCAAGCAAGCGCAGGGAGAUGGAUUUAAUGAAGCUGAUGAUGAGUGACUACAAGGUGGAGAUGAUCAAUGAUGGCAUGCAAGAAUUUUAUGUGGAAUUCCAUGGACCUAAAGACAGUCCUUAUCAUGGAGGUGUGUGGAGGAUAAGGGUGGAGUUGCCUGAUGCUUAUCCGUAUAAAUCUCCCUCAAUCGGUUUUGUCAACAAGAUUUACCAUCCCAAUGUCGAUGAAAUGUCAGGCUCUGUUUGUUUAGAUGUUAUCAAUCAGACAUGGAGCCCCAUGUUCGAUCUGGUAAAUGUCUUUGAAGUGUUUCUUCCUCAACUUCUUUUGUAUCCCAACCCGUCUGACCCGUUGAAUGGAGAGGCUGCUGCUCUUAUGAUGCGUGAUCGAAAUACUUACGAACAAAGAGUUAAAGAAGCUAUAGACUUCAGAAGAUUAUUGGCGCUAAUGAGGCGCUUUAAAGGCCAUUUAUGUGAAGGGGACAAAGGCCAUUUAUGUUCUAUUGCUAAGCCUUCUGAUAAGUUGCUGAUGGAAUUGAUAUCCAUGGAACUAAAAUACUUGUCGUUGGCAAGCGAGAGGUUAUUUACAUGAGUACUGUGAAAAAUAUGCCAAGCCAGAGGAUGCUGGUGCUGCACCUGCAGAAAAAUCUAGUGAUGAGGAGCUGAGUGAAGAUGAAUAUCCCUCCAGUGAUGAUGAGGAAGUAGCUGGCAAAGCUGAUCCUUGAGGGAAUGAAUCUAAUGACAUCUUUAACUGUGUGUCUGUACAUGAAUAAGUCUAAUCAUAUCAGAGUUUCAUUUGCUGGAUGAAUUGGUGAUGCUUGUGUUUGAAAUUUGUACCAUUAUUGUUCAUAUUGAUUCAUUCUGGCUUAUAAAAAAUUUGUUUUGGACUUAACGCA